CAAAGAUUCAUUUGCUUGGGAUUCUUUGAUACUUGGGCAUAUAGAAAAUGGUGAGCUCAGACAAAGUUUUUAUCUUUUCAAAGCCAUGCUUAAGACUGAUGUUAGUCCCACACGAUUUACCUACUCUAUAUUAUUGAGUGCAUGUAGCAGUAAUGGCAUUUAAUAUCUUCAAAAGGAUUGAAAACCCGGAUUCAAUAUCAUGCAACUCAAUGAUAUCGGGAUAUGCAGAGAACGGAGAUGGAGAGAAUGCAAUGAGAAUGUUUGUCGAGUUCGCACGAAGGUCUCUCGGCCAACCAGAUGAAUAUACUUUUGCAGCUGUCAUUUCUGCCACUAGUGCAUUUCCUUCGGGUUAUUAUGGGAAGCCACUUCAUGCCCAAGUUGCAAAGGCAGGACUCGCGAGUAGCACGUAUGUUGGGAGCACAUUGUUAGCAAUGUACUUUUGCAACGAAGAUCCCGAAUCAGCCCAAAAGAUAUUUUAUUCAGCUUCUGAGAAAGAUUUGGUUAUGUGGACUGCCAUGAUAGCUGGCCAUUGUAGAAUUGGUGACACCAAUGGUUCUCUCAGAUUCUUCCAUGGAAUAUUCCGAAACGGUCUGGAUAUUGAUAGUUUCGCUCUGAGUGCGGUUCUCAACGCUUGUGCUGAAGGAGCAACUCUGAGACAGGGAGAGGUGGUUCAUUGCCUGGUUGUGAAGAAAGGGUAUGGUUCUGAAAUGAGUGUGUGUGGGAAUCUUGUGGACAUGUAUGCCAAAAACGGAGAACUUAGAUCUUCAAAACUUGUGUUUUCUCUUGCAACCGAACCGGAUUUAAAAUGUUGGAAUGCAUUGCUUGGAGGGUAUGGAUACCACGGGCAGCCCGAAGACGCAUUCACAACUUUCAAUGAGAUGAUAAACAACGACCUGGAGCCAGACGAGGUCACAUUUUUGUCUUUGCUCUCCACUUGUAGCCAUUGCGGUUUGAUCAGCAAAGCAAAGCAUUUCUGGAACUGCAUGAAGGAAAGAGGGAUUAACCCGGGGCUCAAACACUUUUCUUCCAUGAUUGCACUAUUAAGCCGGGCAGGGUUACUAGAGGAAGUUGAGGAGAUCAUCAUUACUCAAGAAUCUUCAUUUGGCGAUCAUCACCAUCACCAUCUUCUUCUUCUUCAAGUCUUGAGACUGGACACAGGGGACGACAGUGCAACAAGCAUAUUGCUUUCGAAUUUCUACGCUGCAGCUGGAAGAUGGGACAGUGUCAAAGAAACAAGGAGAAAGAUGAAAGAUAUGGAGAUUGAGAAAGAUCCCGGGUUUAGCUGGUUAGAGGGCAUGGGGAACAAGACGAAUGUGUUCUCUUCUUCAGAUGUGUCACACCCACAGAAGGGUAUUCUAGAAGCUGUGUUGCAGGCCUUGCUGGUAACAAUGACAGAUGCAGGAGCUGGCGAGUUUGACUUGACAUGUUCAUAAGAAGAACUUAGAAGAGCUGGGAAUGUUUAAGACCUCUAGAGGCAUUGCUGAAUGCAAAAACGGAACCAGUUCAGAACACACCCGAUCGACCACCAAUGUCGCAUCUAUGCCCCAAGAACUGAUGUGGCUGCAAAAUCAGUAGACCAGACAGACAACAAACGCAUUGCGAAAAUGGAUCUUUCCUCAUACUUCUGAGUCUUGGAUUUGUCUAAGUGUGGAGUGUGGGUCAGAAGAAGAGCAGCAUCUCAUUAUAUACAGAGUAGGGAGUAAUAUUUAGUGAAAAUAAAAGAACUGACAUUUU